GUUACCCUAUCUGAAUUCGACUGUGUCCUAUUCUGAUUUUGCCUCUUUCUCCCCUUUAGCCAAGAUGUCCAAGCUCGCUGCCAUUGCCGUUGCCACCCUCGCCCUUUCCGGCUCCGCCCUCGCCGCCUCCAAGACCCCCACCUUCGGCGCGGUCGACUUCGAGAAGGACUGCCUUAACGUCACCCUCCCCAACUGCAACCUCCGCAAGGUCGUCGGUGCUGCCGCUGCCUCCGGCUCUGCCCCCGCCUCCGGCUCUGCCCCCGCCUCCGGCUCUGCCCCCGCUUCCGGCUCUGCCCCCGCUUCCGGCUCUGCCCCCGCUUCCGGCUCCGGCUCCGCCCCCGUCGAGUACGAGUGCGACGUCGAGUGCGCCGAGAAGACCUACAUCUUCCACGCCUGCACCUCCGUCACCUUCACCGGUGGCUCUGGCUCUGGCUCUGGCUCCACCCCCGCCUCUGGCUCUGGCUCUGGCUCCACCCCCGCCUCCGGCUCCGGCUCCACCCCCGCCUCCGGCUCCGGCUCUGCCCCCGCCUCCGGCUCUGAGUCCGCCCCCGCCUCCGGCUCUCCCGCCUCUGGCUCUGAGUCCGCCCCCGCCUCUGAGUCCGCCCCCGCUUUCACCCUUGAGCUCACCGGUGACUUCGGUUCCGAUGCCCAGAUUGCCAAGUGCACUGCUGCCUUCGACCCCGAGCUCGAGGCCGCCCCCGAGUGCGCCCCCUCCAAGAAGGACAAGAAGUACUGCCACGUCAACUCUUCCUCCACCCUGGUCGCUGGUGCCGCCGUCGUCGCCGCCGUUGCCUCCACCCUGGUUGCUGCCCUCUUCUAA